UUUCCUUCAGCUUCAUCGCUGGAUGAUCUGCUGCAGCUCUAGGUGACACGUAACGAAAGGUGCGAUUAGGCCGCUCUAAACUUCAGAUAAUUAGUAAAAAGACUGCUUUUCAUUAUGUAAAAAAACUCAACAGAGCUUCGACUAAGCACGAGGACCGACUACAACCGUACUCGUCACUUUUUUUUAAUCUGUUGAAUGUCUUUGGAAAACUUGGCGAAACGUGAGACUUUUGUAAACAUUUCAGAUACACAAGUCGUACGAGCAGCUGUCCAUGAAUAGAAUGUUUCAUGAGGAAUCUCGGAGAGGACGGAGUUGUUUCUAUACUUUAGAGUGAAGAGAAAAUCAUUCCCGGGAAAGUUUCUGUGGAAUCCAGGAGAGGAGGGAACAUGGGCAACGGCGUGUGCUCCAGGAAGCAGAAGAAGAUUUUCCAGUCUCUGCUGCUGGUCACGGUGGUGUUUGGGAUGAUCUAUGGUGGGAUGUUUUCUUACGAGAUGCACAAACAGCUGAAGAGGACAGAAGAGAUGGCUGUGAAAUACCAGCAGCACCAGGAGUCUCUUUCCGCUCAGCUUCAAGUUGUGUACGAGCAUCGCUCCAAGUUGGAGAAGUCUCUUCAGAAGGAGCGGCUGGAGCAUAAAAAAGCCAAAGACGUUCAACAGCACAAGAACUUAAAAUCUGCCCAUGACCAGCUUGUGUUGACCCUGGAAGACCACAAGAGUGCACUAGCUGCGGCCCAGGUUCAGGUGGAUGAAUAUAAACAGCUGAAGGAAACGCUCAAUAAGAUGCCCAGUCUGAGACAUGCUGCAGGGCAGCCUCAGCCGCAUGUAGACGCUCAGCCCAUCCAGAACGGGAACGCAGAGGAGCUCCAUCAACGCCAGGACGCUCAGCCAGAGGCGGGGAGACAUGACGAGGUUGAGAAGCCUCAGCCAUACCACAGGGAGGAGGAUGGAGAAAUGGGAGGAGCUGAGGAGAGGAGGAGAGAGCUGGCAGAGGAGGAGAUGGAGCAGGCCGGGCAGCCACAGAAACUGGAGGAGGAGUUUGAUGUGGCGCAUAAUGAAGUGGAGGAGGAGGAGCCACAGGGCAACCAACCGGAUGAAAACGCGCUGGAGAGGGAGCAACAUCACGCUCAUGAGGUGGCGCCAACUGAGGCUCACGCGCAGCAUGAGCGGGUGAAGUCAGCGUACGAACAGCAGAAGGAGCAGCAGCGUCUGGCUGCACAGCUGGCGGAGGAGCGCAGACAGCUGCACCUGCGUCAGGAGGCCCUGCAGAAACAGCAGCUAGAGCAGCAGAAGGAGAGAGAGGAGAGGCUGCGUCUGCAGAGAAAGAGAGAGGAACAGCAGAACAGAGAAGCUGAUCUCAAAGAGCAACAACUCCGGCAAGAAAUGCUCCGGAAAAAGGCACAGUAUGAAAACAUGGAUGCUGAUAUAGUCCAGGGAGAAGAAGAGCCACAGAUAGCUGAGGAGAAAGAGGAGAAUGUGCACCAUGAGGAGCCGAGGCAAGAUGAAGCAGAGCAUGUUCAUCAUGAAGAUGAGCAUCCUGUAGAAGCAGAUGUGGAUCCGGAGGACGACCCCAACAACCAGGGGGAAGAUGAGUUUGAGGAGGCGGAGCAGCAGCAGCCCCAUGAGGAAGAGGAGGAGGAAGAGGCAGCACCAGUUAGCCACCCUGACAUGCACCUGGUCGUAGAGAAUCAGCACCAGCCGCCCGCCGAUGAGCAGCUGGUGAUGGCUGGAAACCCAGACCAGCAGGAAGAUGCUCUGGAUGAGCAGUACCAGGACGAUGGAGAUGAUGAGGCUCAGGAUGAGCUGGUAGAUAAUCAGAAGCGUGAGGCGGUGCGGGAGGAAGAGGGAGACCCGUAUAAUGAGGAGAAUGGAGAACAGGAUGAGGCCAGACAUCAGGAUGUAGCGGUGAAGCAGGAUAAUCAGCCCGCCCAACAUCCCAAUGAGGAGAACUACGAAGAAGAUGAGGAGGAAGAAGGCGGCAACGGUGAUAAACCGCCCAAUCGCAGGGCAGAAAUGUGAGGUGAUUGAAAAGAAGGACAGCCAAUCGCUGCCAGCUGUUUGGAUUGGGUUUCCCACCCAAUAUUCUUAAACAUUGUGCCAGAAACGGCUCUGUUGGGUCCUGAUGAAUAGUAAACCAGUUUCACUUCCGGUCUGUGUGACUCUGAAACCGAGAUGCGCCAAAACGCCCAACCACUUACAGACCAAACGCCCUGCUGUCUGCCUUUACUGUACGUCUGUCUAUAGUUUCUUGUGAAUAAGUUCCAUUUAAAUGCUCUUAUAUCUUGCGUUUGAUUUCUGCGACUGGAUGAUGAAUCUGAAAGCACAGAUUUUAACCUCCAGAAACUCUUGCGCUGAAAGUUUUGCCAAGUGCCAUUUUUUGGUUACUUGUGCUCCACAUGCAAGAUAUAUUCCAUCUUUGAAGUGAAACAGCCUUAUUUUAAUAGUUAAGACUGAUUUUGAUGGACAGGCAGCAGUCACCAAUCAGCAUUGAAUCCUCACCUGGCCCCGCCCAAACUUAUGGUGUUAAUUCAUCCAUCUUGUUGAUGAAUAAUUCAGGAUGGGUUUGGCAAGAUGCUUGGGUCAAUAGAUGUCACUACAUGAAUGUUUACAUGUAAUUCAAGCAGAUAACUAGCUGUCGAAAGCUCAAGUUUUUAAAAGUUACUGUAUGUGUUUAUUUACCUUAGUUGAAUUAUAUGCUGCCUAGAUGUGAACCAAAAUCAUUCCGUUAAAUACUGAUAUUCAUCUGCUUUUCACCAAGUGCCUCGUAGAGUUUAUAAGAAAAAAAUGCUGCCUAGUUUGCCAGGAUGAAUCAGUUCCUGAAAUCUUUGUCGAAUGUCUCUAUGGAAACACAUUUUUAUAA